AUGCGCAAAUUUUUAUGCAUUAAUAAGAAAAAGGUACCAAAGGAGAAAAAGGAUGCCGACUUCCUGAUCCCUGACAAAACAUCGUCAGUAAGUUCCGAUGCAACCACUGCGACUAUCGUCACUCCAUCGCUCGCGUCCGACUUGGAAAAACUAAAUCUUACCAAAGACCGCCUGAACCGUUACAUCGAUGAAGCAAAAGAAUCAGGUUACGUUGAUGCGAAAUCGAGAGCUGAAGCUGCGGCAUUACGAGAAAAUGAAAUCUCUAAAGCUUUCAUCAACAUUGAACGUUCGUUGGCAGUUGAUCUAUGCUUUGUUCUAGAUUGUACCCAUUCUAUGAAGCAUCAUCUUGCCGCCGCUAAAGAUUGUAUCUUGCAAGUGGCCAACUAUGUUGAAAACAUCAAUCCCAGGAUUCAACCGCGAGUCGGCUUUUGCGGCUACCGUGAUCAUUUUGAUCCACAAAAUCGGUUGCAAAUUUUCAGUUUUACCAAUUCGUACGAAGAGUUUUCUAGAGAUUUGGCGAACGUGCGAACACUCUCCGGUAAGGAUAUACCAGAAGACGUUCUUGGCGGGCUUGAUGCAGCUGUAGAGCAGAUGGCGUGGGGAUGUGGUACUCGGAUUCUUUUCCACAUUGGUGAUGCUCCGCCACAUGGCCGUCGUUUCACUGAAGAGCAGGACAAAUAUCCAGAUGGCGAUCCACACGGUCUAACAGCCGAAAGUGUGCUAAACAGAAUGCAAGAAAAGAAUAUAAUCUAUUUCUUUGGAAAGGUCACGUCUUGUACGGAUAAGAUGAUUGAAGUUUUCAAUAGCAUAAUUGGCGAGUUCCCAGUGUUUGAUCUUGUGGGAGGAGACCCGACUGCGUUAAUCGAUAAAUUCGUCAAAGCGUCUUUCUCAGCUAUAGCUAGUUCUGUAACAUUAACCAGCUCUCUGGGAGUUGACUCAAAGGAGAUAUACUCGUUACGACGGAAAAAGCUUGAAUUGAACACAGAGGAACCAGAUUGGACCAAGUGUUCGUUACAUAGAGGCGUAAUCCUACGGCAUCGAUAUCCCAUAGAUUUGAGCGAGAUUAAAGACCACCAGUUUUUCGACAAGUCGCACCUCGUAUCUCAAGAUUUUUAUUUCAUGAUGGCUGCACAGCCUUUUUCUGCUGGUACCGAGAAAUGUGCAUACUUUGGUCUUGAUGCCAACACGACGAGAGCCGAAAAGAUUGUAUUAAAAGAAUAUUUCAGCACGCACGAAUCAAACCCUAUUGAAGACUAUCUUACGGCGGUAGAAGUCUCGGCUAUCGCACGUUACCUCUCGGCAGUGUACAAUAUGCGUACAAGGAAAAUGGUUAAAAAAGUGAGGUUUCUUGAAGCAAACCUUUUACGUAGCACUAUUGAUUAUAAGACUCAAUACUAUACUACAGAGCCAAGAUUGCAGGGUGCAGAAUUUAAGCGGUUUAACGUAAAUAGUGGUAUGAUCGUAGAGCUUCAUCCCUCACUCGAAGCGUUUGCACAUUUUACAUAUGUAUAUACAAAAAAAUAUUUGGUGGUUUACGAUCUUCAAGGAAUUGAGCUUGAUGACCAGUUUAUCCUGACAGAUCCAGCUAUACAUUGUGUUGAUCCAUUAAGAUUCGGAAAGACAAAUCUUGGUAGUAGAGGGAUUUCUGAAUGCUUUUUGGCAAAUCAUCAGUGUAAUUAUAUUUGUGAAAGAUUGGGGCUUAGUAGCGAAAGCGGCGGGUGUUGCAACAUGUUUUAA